AUGUCUCUCGCCACGCCCCUCCGCCGCACGGCGGCCACCACCGCCCGUGUCCAGACCUCGACGACUUUCAUCUGCUCGCAAUGCCGACACGCCACGCUGCUGCGCCGGCCCAAGCGGCCCUACACCUUCACGCAGCUCAUCACGCUGUCCGACGGCAGCGCCUUCACGCACCGCACCACCUCGCCCGCCCCCGUCUACCGCUCCACCCGCGACACGCGCAACAGUCUCCUCUGGAACCCGUCGUCCAGCAAGCUGAUGAACGUCGAGGAGGACGAGGCCGGCCGGCUCGCUGCCUUCCGCGCCAAGUUCGGUCGCAGCUGGGAUGCCAACACGCCCGUCGAGGGCGAGACGGACGCCAAGACGCCGAAACAGGAGUCCAAGCAGAGCAAGGACGAUGCCGCCGCUGCUGCCGCUGCCGCCGCGGAAGCCCAGGAGGAAGAGGAUAAUCUGCUCGAUCUGAUCAGCUCGUUCGGACAGGAGGAGCAGAGUGGGGGUGCGUCGGGGAAGAAGAAGAAUUAG